AUGCACAGAGCUGCCGAGUCUACGCAAGAUGUGUCGAAGUCAAAACCUGCGCUGGACGUCAAUACUCAAAUCUUGCCCCUGGCUCGACGACAUACAGAUCGGCCUUCGAUAUCUCCUCCUCCUGCGCGGGUGCAACCUACACCUCUUUCCCAUGGUCACACCGCUAAAACGAACUAUGGGACCGAACCUGAACCUAGUACUCCAAAUUCAUCAUCACACUCGGGUAACUCGUCUAGUUGGGGCAGAAGCUCGGGGAAGCGCGUAGCACGCGCGGCACAUCCUCCAUUCAAAUUCGAGCCUGCUGUGCCGCCCAUUCCAGGCUCUCCAGCGAGCGAUGAGCGCAAACGGACAAUGUCGAAUACCGAGUCCGUCAAGUCGGUUUCUCAUGCUCCCCUGCCUCUACCUCCGCUGCCGAGGAAAGAGGCGCGGAAAGGACGGUCGCUCGACUUGGGAUUGGGAUUGAAUUGGGCGCCGUCGAGGAUUCGCGAGGACGCAGUUUUGCGCAGUGUUAACAGCUCGGGUGCUAUUGCUGAUGCAGGCUUGCGGGCACGAGCCAGGUGGCGAAGCAUUUCACCGAUUGAAGAUGGCAGUUUCGGCUCCUCUGGAGAUGCUAGUGACCUCGCGAAAGCGUUUCACGAAGUCCUCGGUGACGCAGCAUAUGCGACGUUCAAGAAUUAUGUGCACCGUUAUGAUGCUCUUGCUAUUCCGCUGGACGGACAUUAUGGCCUGAUGCAUCAUGUGCAGAGACUCCUUGAUUCUGCUCCUGGACUCGAUGCUCGUAGAAAGCAAUCACUGUUAGACAGGUUCUUCCGUGUUGUGCAAGCAAAUCGCUGA